CAGACUCGAAAGAGAGAUAGACGGUGUUGGUCACCGGGUAUAUGAGAGAGCGCUAGGGGAACACGUCAGCUCAACCUGCACUGCACGAACCUUACUUUUGACAUCGGCGGAGUGUGCGUGCCAGUGGAAAGGUAAGAUGGCGGCGGACGGAGAUCUGAUCCCCGAUCAAGAAAAAGUACGAAUAGUUUCGGAUUUUAUACUUCACUCACCACCGGGCGAGUUCAACGAGGUUUUCAACGAUGUCAGGGUCUUGUUGAACAACGACAACCUGUUGAAAGAAGGCGCGUCCGGGGCAUUCGCUCAAUACAACAAGGAUCAGCUCACGCCUGUUAAGAUAGAGGGAAGCGAGUAUCCAGCACUAAUAACAGAACAUAACGACUUGGGAGGCCAAAGGUUUUAUGAUUCGCGUAGUAAGCAAAGUUUCAAGUAUGAUCACCUAAGAAAAGAAGCACAGGAUUAUGAAUCCUAUGAACCAGAUUCUGUAGCCGAACCUUGGAGGUCAGUUUUACAAGAUGAGAUAACGACUUAUACCCAAAAUCACUAUAGACAUGGUGCGUGUGCGGUUUUUGGAAGAAGCCAAGGAGGUAAUAUAACGUUGACUGCGUGUAUAGAAGAUCAUCAAUUUCAACCUAAAAAUUUUUGGAAUGGUCGUUGGCGUUCUGUAUGGACUGUAAGUUUCAGUCCAAGUUCUGGAAGUGCAGAAUUAAGAGGUAGCCUUAAAGUACAAGUUCAUUAUUAUGAAGAUGGAAAUGUACAAUUGGUCAGUAGCAAAGAAGUCAGAGAAAGCUUAUCGAUCUCGAAUGAAAAACAAACUGCCAAGGAGUUGAUCCGACUAGUUGAGGAUUCAGAAAAUGACUAUCAAACUGCAAUUUCGGAAAAUUAUCAAACAAUGUCUGACACAACCUUUAAGGCCUUGCGAAGGCAAUUACCUGUUAUGCGAACGAAAAUUGACUGGAACAAAAUUGUAUCGUACAGUAUUGGCAAAGAGCUUAAAAGUCAAUAGAAAUAGAUUUUUUUAUAUAAUAUUAAGAGAAAUAAUUGAAAAGCGCAUUUUGCUGCAUGGGUGAAGUCUGGAGGUGUGAUGUGCGCGGGGGCAAAUACAAUAGUAUGAAACAAUAUUCUGUUAGAUAUAUUUGACUGAAACUCAUGCAUGCUGCUCAAGGUUCCUCUAGAUCUCUGUUAUUCUUGAGAUUGCUAUAAGAAGCAAUGGGAUUCUGUUUUUUUCUUUUUUGUUUUUUUUUUUUUUUUUUU